AAGUUGGAGGUUCCCACGCUUUAUUUACGCGCUGCCUGCUUCCCCGCCUCCUUUGGACUCGUGUUUGGCUGCUUCCUCCUCCUCCUCCUCCUCCUCCUCCUCCCUAACUCGUCGGAAAGAAGAGCUGCGGAGGCCCGAAAACGGGAAAGAGCCCUUGGCGUUUGCAAUUCCAUUUGCAUUGCAUUGCAUUGCAUUUCUUCUUUUCUUUUCUUUUUUGCAAACGACACUUUUUGCCGACACGCGUUGGCCCAAGAUCAUGGGAACGCCGGCAAAUCCCCGAGACGGGCUCCCGCUUUGAUCAUCAAACAAACAAGCAAAGGAGAGGGAGAGGGGGGGAAAAACCAGGAGCGCCCCGUGCAGCAGAGCCGGUUCGGGGAGGGCGGUGGGCUUCUUCUCCCCCCUCUCCAUGGCUGGGUGCCUCGAAGAGGACGACGUCCCCCUGAUCUUGACCUUAGAGGACGGCAGGAGACGGAGGCUCGAUCCGGAGGGGGUCCCCAACGAAAAUGGCCUCAAUUACGACGAGAUCCAUGAUAUGUCCAGCCCAGUGACGGGAGAACGGUGUUCUCCGUGGGAUCGCGGAAGACGGACUUGGGAAAUAAACUACCAGGAAGCUGCCAUUUAUCUACAGGAAGGCGAGAACAAUGAUAAAUUCGUCACUCAUCCCAAGGACCCCAAAGCCCUUGCUUCCUACCUCUUCGUCCACAACCAUCUCUUCUACCUGAUGGAGCUCACCACGGCGCUGUUGCUCUUGUUGCUGUCGCUAUGUGAAGCCCCCGCCGUGGCCAUAUUCCGCCUGGGCAUUUACGUCCAUGCCACCUUGGAACUGUUCGCCUUGACCGUUGUGUUGUUCGAACUCUCCAUGAAAUUAAGAUGGCUGGGCGGCCAUACCUACAUCCGGCACAAAAGGACCAUGGUUAAGACCUGCGUCCUCUUCCUGCAGUUUGUAGAAGCGGUCGUGGUCUUGGUGCGCCAGACGUCCCACCUUCGCAUCACCCGAGCCUUGCGGUGCAUCUUCCUGGUGGAUUGUCGUUAUUGUGGCGCCGUGCGAAGAAACCUACGUCAGAUUUUCCAGUCUCUGCCUCCCUUCAUUGAUAUUCUCCUUCUUUUGCUUUUCUUCAUGGUCAUCUUUGCGAUUUUGGGAUUUUAUCUCUUCUCUCCCAAUAAAUUGGACCCUUAUUUCAACACUUUGGAGAACAGCCUGGUGAAUCUUUUCGUUCUUCUCACGACUGCCAAUUUUCCCGACGUGAUGAUGCCUUCUUAUUCCCGAAACCCAUGGUCCUGUGUCUUUUUCAUUGUGUAUCUUUCCAUCGAGUUGUACUUCAUUAUGAAUUUGCUCCUGGCUGUCGUCUUUGACACCUUCAGUAACAUUGAAAAAAUGAAGUUCCGAUCACUGUUGCUUCACAAGCGCACCGCCAUCCAGCAUGCCUACCGCCUGCUGAUUAGCAAACAGAGACCCGCGGGGGUCGCUUUCAAGCAGUUUGAUGGCCUGAUGCGCUUCUAUGCGCCCCGGAUGAGCGUCCGAGACCGUUAUCUGACUUUCAAAGCACUGAGUCAAAGCAACAGCCCUUUGGUCAGUUUGAAAGAUAUGUACAGUUUCUACGAAGUGGCUGGUUUGAAAUGGAAGGCCAAGAGGAACCGAGAACAUUGGUUUGAUGAUCUUCCAGGGACGGCUUUUCUUAUUUUUAAAGGUAUUAACAUAUUAGUGAAUUCUCGGGCUUUCCAAUAUGGCAUGUAUGUUCUGGUGGCUGUCAAUGGUCUCUGGAUUCUGGUGGAAACCUUCAUGUUACGAGAUGGAAUCUUUUCUCGCGACGUCCCCUGGAGUUACAUCAUGUUCCUCACAAUCUAUGGGGUCGAGGUGCUGCUGAAAGUCACCGGCCUGGGACCGAAGGAGUACCUCUCUUCUGGGUGGAAUCUUUUUGAUUUUGCUGUCACCUUGUUUGCGUUUUUGGGUCUCCUGGCACUGGCGUUCGAUAUGGAGCCUUUCUACUUCAUUGUUGUGCUGCGGCCUCUGCAGUUGCUGAGGCUAUUUAAAUUGAAGAAACGUUACCGGAAUGUCUUGGAUACGAUGUUUGAACUUCUUCCUAGGAUGGCCAGGUACAGAGAAUGAAAGAUUCCUGCCUGGAUUGGUUGCUGGGGAAUUGAA